ACUGUAACGUUCGCUGUACUAUAUUAUAUACUUAAAAAAGCAGCUUUGCUUUCAUUUGCUUCAGAUUUUCAGGCGAGUUCUAAGAUUUCUCACCACCACCACCUGACCAACUUGAUCUUGGCUUCUCCGCCGUGCCUGAAAAUUUUCUUGCUGGCCCUUUUCUGUAUUAUAGGCCGCUAAGCUUCCAUUUCUAGUGAUCUUGUUUUCUCUUUGACUAUUUUCAGUUUUGAAGUUUUCCGGUGGUGAAAUUGUAUGAUCAUUACCUGAAGAAGCUGAGGAUUUGGGGGGUCUGAUUGCAUUAUAGGGCUGAUUUUUUACUUGAAUCUUGUGACAUAUAUUUUUCCAAGUUUGAAAAUUUGUGGGAUAGUAAUGAAACAAAGCCCCUGUUUAGUUUCAUUGAGGAACGAGGUGUGGGGAUUGACUUCAGAUGAUACUUACGAAUUGGGUUCCGUGAGAAAAUUAAGAAAUUUUUCUGGGAAUUUCUGGAAGCAUUAUUGAUGAACAGUUUGCAACUGGGAGUAUUUGAUUCGUGAAAAAUUAGUUUAUGUGUUUCCGAAGAGAAGAAAAUUCGAAAAAGAAGUUCAAUUCAGGUGCAGAUAUUAGUCUAUGAAUUUUGCUACAAUGAAGGUUGCUUCCAAUGGAUAUAUGGCCAAUCCUGGAGAAGGAGGGAAAAUUUUGAUUAAUUCAGAGUUAUGGCAUGCUUGUGCGGGCCCAUUGGUUUCUUUGCCUCCUGUGGGAAGUCUUGUGGUCUAUUUUCCUCAAGGUCAUAGUGAACAAGUGGCAGCAUCAAUGCAAAAGGAAGCCGAUAGCAUCCCAAGUUAUCCAAACCUUCCGUCAAAGUUGAUCUGUAGGCUGCAUAGUGUCACCUUACAUGCUGAUACUGAAACUGAUGAAGUCUAUGCUCAGAUGACUCUUCAACCUGUGAGCAAUUACGACCAGGAAGCAUUACUUUUAUCUGAGAUGGGACUUAAGCAAAGCAGACAACCUUCUGAGUUCUUCUGCAAAACUCUUACAGCAAGUGAUACAAGUACACAUGGCGGUUUCUCUGUACCUCGUCGUGCAGCUGAGAAGAUCUUUCCACUUCUGGAUUUUUCGAUGCAACCUCCUUCUCAGGAGCUAGUGGCUAAAGAUUUGCAUAACCAAUCAUGGACAUUCAGACAUAUUUAUAGGGGUCAACCAAAAAGGCACCUGUUGACAACCGGAUGGAGUGUAUUUGUUAGCUCUAAAAGACUUGCAGCGGGCGAUUCCGUCCUCUUUAUAAGAGAUGAAAAGUCACAGCUUUUCUUGGGUAUAAGACACGCCACGAGACAGCAGCCUGCGAUCUCCUCGUCUGUAAUAUCUAGUGAUAGCAUGCACAUAGGAAUUCUUGCAGCUGCAGCUCAUGCGGCUGCAAACAAUAGCCCAUUUACAAUAUUCUACAACCCAAGGGCUAGCCCUUCUGAAUUUGUGAUUCCUCUAGCGAAGUAUAACAAAGCAAUGUAUACCCAAGUUUCAUUAGGCAUGCGUUUCAGGAUGAUGUUUGAGACCGAGGAAUCCGGAGUCCGAAGGUACAUGGGGACCAUAACUGGUAUUGGUGAUUUGGAUCCAGUGCGAUGGAAAAAUUCACAGUGGCGUAAUCUUCAGGUUGGAUGGGAUGAAUCUACUGCUGGGGAACGUCCUAGUCGAGUAUCAAUUUGGGAAAUCGAACCUGUUGUAACUCCCUUCUAUAUUUGUCCGCCACCAUUUUUCAGACCCAAGUUUUCGAAACAACCAGGUUUCCCAGAUGAUGAUGCAGAUAUAGAGAAUAUUUUCAAGAGAGGCAUGCCCUGGAUUGCGGAUGAGUUUGGUUUAAAAGACACCUCGAGCUCAAUAUUCCCUGGACUGAGUUUAGUCCAGUGGAUGAACAUGCAGCAGAAUCAGCAGUUCUCAGCUAAUCAAUCAGGACUUUUCCCGAACAUGGUGUCUUCAGCUAACCUACAUGGUAACCUUGGAACCGAUGACCGCUCCAAGCUGUUGAACUUCCAAUCCCCAGCAUUCGCUUCACAAAAUCUCCAAUUCAGCAAAAUCAAUCAACAAAAUCAACAAGUUGGACAAAUUCAGCAGCAGCCUUCUUCUGGUUGGCCCCAACAGCAGCCGCUGCAGCAAAUUUUACCGUCUUCUGUAAACCCUGUAAAUAAUGGUGUAGCCCCUAACCAGAUUCCAAAUCAAAAUUCACAGCAAACAGCAAUGUACUCCCAACAACUUCAGCAACAACAGUUACUAACAGGCAAUACACAAAUGCAGCAAAAUGUUCCCUUGGCUAACAAAAUAACACUUCCCAUGACAUCUUUACCUCAGGACAUGCAGUUUCAGCAACAAAUUGAACAGCCAUCUAGCCUCUUGCAGAGGCCCCAGCAACAGCAGACACAAAUGCAACAAACUCAGCCACAGUUUCUGCAGCCGGUCUCAACACAGAAGCCACAAGUGCAACAGACAUCACAACCAAGUCUUUCUGAACAUCAGCUGCAAAUGCAGAUUCUCCAGAAACUCCAGCAGCAACAGCAACAGAUGUCAUCCCCUUUAAGUUCUUUUUGGGAGCCUUCGUUUCCCCAACAACAGCAGGCUCUUCAACAAAACCAGCUACCUCAGCAAUUGAGCAGCACCGGCUUUACAGCAUCAACACUUCUGCAAUCACCACAAUUUCCCGUCAACCAACUCUAUGGCCAGCAAAAGUCUACUUCCACAGUCAAAUCACAUCCUGAACCUGCUGAUGGGGCCAUCGCAUCAUGUUCAACCUCGCCUUGUACAAAUAAUAUGCAAGUUUCACCGCUGAACUUUCUGAACAGAAAUCAACCUGGGUCAUCAACAUUACUGGAUAAUUCCGUUGUUCAUCCUGUUCCUAAUUUAGUUCCAGAGACACGUAGCAAGUCUGAUGUCCAAGUAAAAAAUGAAUUACCCAGUUAUAGAGGAUCAGAGCAGCCUAAAUACAGCAGUACGGCUAAUGAUCACUUGGAUGCAGCUUCAUCUGAAACAUCAUAUUGCUUGGAUGCUAGUGGGCAGCAGAACUUUUCACUUACCGGCUUGGAUGGUGACAUUCAAUCCCAUCCCCGGAGCAGUCUUACUUUCACGGCCAAUAUUGAUGGAUUGACUCCUGAUGCUUUGUUGUCAAGGGGCUGUGAUUCCGGAAAGGAUAUCCAAAACUUGCUCUCUAAUUACAAUGGUAAUCCAAGGGAUAUUGAGACAGAAUUUUCCUCAGCUGGAAUCAAUUCUCAAACAUUUGGGGUGCCAAAUAUGUCAUUUAAUGCCGGUUGUUCAAAUGAUGUUGCAAUCAAUGAGGCUGGUGUUUUAAAUAGUGGGUUGCGGACAAACCAGACUCAGUGCUCGCGAACAUACACAAAGGUUCAAAAACGUGGCUCUGUUGGUAGAACUAUUGAUGUCACUCGUUACAAGGGGUAUGAUGAACUUAGGCAUGAUCUGGCCCGUAUGUUUGGCAUCAAGGGACUACUCGAAGAUCCGCAAAGAUCUGAAUGGAAACUUGUCUAUGUAGACCAUGAAAACGACAUAUUACUUGUUGGUGAUGACCCUUGGGAGGAGUUUGUGAGCUGCGUCCAGAGUAUCAAGAUACUGUCUUCUGCCGAGGUACAACAAAUGAGUUUAGAUGGAGAUUUAGCUCCACCUCCUGCCCCAAACCAAGCAUUCAGUGGAACAGACAGUGGUAAUGCAUGGAGAGGACAGUAUGACGACAAUUCUGCCAACUCUUUUAAUCGGUAAAAGCAUUUUAAAUUCACAAACCAACGUGUUCUGCAUAAAAUGGCCUGAUGGACUGCAAUACUGAGCACCUUUAAAGAUAGGUAACAGGACUCCUUCAGAAGGCUCUGGUUGAUCACAGGCCAGCGUAAUCCAGAUUUG